AUGUCUCAAGAAAAUAAAAUGAUAUUUGAAGAAAAUAUGCCUGAGGAAAAUACAGUGAAAUCUGAUGAGAACAAUAAAAAAAGAAAAAUAGACGAUAAUUAUAAACCACAUUUAUGUGGUGAAUAUGAAAUAGGUUCCGAUAGCAUAAUUGAUGGUUUUCAAGUUGUUGGAGAUGCAGUUCAACCAUUUCUUCCGUUAUUUCAAUCUGUUCAAACUAUUGUAGAUUCAAUAGUGAAAGCUUACAAAAAUGGAAAAUGUAACCAGAAAAUUUGUUUAGCUUUAAUUGAUCGUGUAGAAAUUGCUCAACAAGCA